AUGAUUCACACCGAGACUAAGUAUUUUAGUAUGAAUAGGAUUCUUCUGCUCGCUAUUGGUUUGUGGCCCUAUCAACAAUCGAAUCUUACUCGAUUUCAAUUUAUUAUCUUGUCUUGUAUUCUGACGACAAAUGUUAUAUUUCAGUGUACAACACUUGUCACACAAAAAUGUACUCCGGAUCUCGCUACCAAAGUUCUAUCUUUCGUAUUUAUCUUUAUUCUCUUUGUGAUAAAAUACAAUUUGUUUUAUCUUAAAAUCGAAAUUAUGAAGGAUAUACUGGGACAACUACUGCAUAUAUGUAAUAAAUUAAAAGACGCAAACGAAAUUGCUAUUAUAAACAAAUAUGGAUAUAAUGGCAAGCGUUAUACCGUUGCACUUACAAUAGUUGCUGUUUGCAGCGUAUCGGCUUUCACCGUUGCGUCAUUUUGGUCGAAUAUUUUCAACGUUUUAUCGCCAAACGCGUCUCGAUCACAUCAUCCGCUGAUUAUAACGGAAUAUUUUAUCGAUCAAGAGAAAUAUUUUUAUUUGAUAUUGCUGCACAACAUUGCAUCUGUAUGCAUUGGAACGAUUGUAACGUUAGCGAUAGGAACAAUGUUCAUUGCGUAUAUUCAACAUACUUGUGGAAUGUUUAAAAUUGCCAGCUAUCGUAUCGAAUGUGCAAUGAACGUCAAUAUGCUACAAAAUAUUAAUCUUAGAAAAAAUAUUUUGAUAUUGAAGCGUUUAAUUUGCGCUGUGGACAUUCAUCGAAAAGCUAUGAAAUUGUCCACUCUCUUGAUAUCCAAUUGUCAGGCAAUGAUGUUCUGUUUAAUAGUAUUUGGAGUAGGCGCCAUGAGCCUCAAUCUAUUUCGAAUUUUUACAUUAUCCGGAAUGGAUGUCAAGGAAUUGAUACCCCCUUUUAUAUGUGCAAGUGUCGUUGUCUUGUAUAUGUUCCUAUCCAACCAUAUCGGUCAGAUUAUAAUAAAUUACAAUCACCACGUAUUUGUUACCGUGUAUAACGUUCGAUGGUAUGUAGCUCCAUUACAUCUACAGAAAAUGAUAUUGUUCCUGUUACAAAGAAAUUCGAGAAAUUUUGCUUUAAACGUCGGUGGACUGUUUAUUGCAUCUAUAGAGUGUUUUGCUACGCUAGUGAAGACCUCAGUAUCUUAUUUUACAGUCAUAUAUUCUAUGCGAUAA